UUAAGCCCAAACAGAGGUGUGGGGGAGUUUCACUCCAUCUUCCGUCCUUUUCACUAAACUCCGACUCGGAAUCUUGCUCCUCACAUUCGUUGUCCUCCUGCAUCACACGUCCUCUUGUCAAGAGCCUGUGCGAUUACAAAACCCCGCGCUGAUUACAGUUUUCUUCUUCUCGACUUGACCAACACACAUCCACCGAUGUCUUCCAUUAAGACUUCGAAAUACGUGUAUUCGUCCACUGCUGGAGGUCGGGGGGACCUCAGCAUCGAAUAUGGAACCGAUAUCGGAGCCCUCACCAGAUUGGAGGAUAAAAUUCGACUUCUUCAAGAAGAUUUGGAAUCUGAAAGAGAAUUUAGACAAAGGAUUGAAAGAGAAAAAUCCGACCUUACAGUCCAUCUAAUGCAGAUUUCUGAACGACUUGAAGAGGCCGAAGGGAGUAGCGACAAUCAGCUCGAAAUGAACAAGAAACGAGACACAGAACUAUCGAAGUUGAGAAAGUUGUUGGAGGAUGUUCAUCUGGAGAGUGAAGAAACAGCACAUCAUUUACGAAAAAAACACCAAGAAGCCAUUGUUGACUUACAAGACCAGUUGGACCAAUCCAACAAAGCAAAAGCCAAGAUUGAGAGAGAAAAACAGAAAUUUCAAGCUGAAGUUUACGAUUUGCUGGCACAAGUGGACAAUGCUAACAAAGACAAAGUAAUUGCUCAAAAGACAGUUGAAAAGCUGGAAGUCUCCAUCCACGACUUGAACAUUCACAUUGAGGAAUUGAACAGGCAGGUGACAGAAGUAAGCUCCCAGAGGGCCAGGCUUAGCUCAGAAAAUGUUGAGCUCAUGAAGGAAACUCAGGAAUACAAAAUGCAGUUAGACAAUGCCAACCACAUCAAAGGUCAACUGGCCACUCAAUUGGAAGAAAUGAGACGACGACUCGAGGAAGAAGAAAGGAGGAGAUCUGCCUUGGAGCAGCACUCUCACACUUUGGAAAUCGAAGUGGAAAGCCUGAAGACACAACUGGACGAGGAAUCUGAAGCUAGGAUGGACUUGGAGAGACAGUUGUCCAAGGCUAACGGAGAAGCUGCAACUUGGAAGUCUAAAUAUGAAGCGGAAUGCCAGGCUCAUGCUGAUGAGGUCGACGAACUAAGACGCCGCAUUGCCCAAAAGACUGCUGAAUACGAAGAACAACUCCAGGCCCUUCUGAAUAAAUGCAGUGCUCUUGAGAAACACAAGUCACGCUUACAGAGUGAAGUAGAAGUUCUGAUAAUGGACUUAGAAAAGGCUACAACUCACGCUCAAAAUAUGGAAAAGAAAUGCGCACAGCUUGAGAAGAUGAAUCAUGAUCUGAAAACGAAGAUGGACGAACUCAUCGCUCUCCUGGAAGCUGCACAAAGAGAUUUCAGGGCUAAAGUGGCUGAAUUACAAAAAUUGCAACAUGACUAUGACAAGCUCAAGGACCAAAGAGAUGCACUUCUCAGAGAAAACAAGAAAUUAUCUGAUGAUUUGGGCGAUUGCAAGAACCAACUGAGUGAGGCUACUCGCAGAAUCCAUGAGAUGGAUCUCGAAAUCAAGAGGCUGGAAACAGAAAGAGAGGAACUAUCCGCUGCAUACCGCGAAGCCGAAUCACUCAGGAAGCAAGAAGAAGCCAAGGCACAGAGGUUGGCACAAGAAUUGGCUCAACUCAGACAUGACUACGAAAAGCGAUUGGCUCAAAAGGAAGAAGAAUUAGAGGCACUUAGAAAACAAUACCAAAUUGAAGUGGACCAAUUGAAUCAAAGAUUAGCUGAAGCAGAAACUAAACUGAAGACAGAGGUAGCACGAAUCAAGAAGAAGAUGCAAGUACAAAUUACAGAACUUGAGAUGUCUCUUGAUGUAGCUAACAAGCAAAACUUAGAUCUCCAAAAGACAAUUAAGAAACAGGCUCUCCAGAUGCAGGAGCUGCAAUCUCACUAUGAUGAAGUAACUCGCCAAUUGCAACAAUCCAUCGACCAAUUAGGUGUAGCAACAAGACGAUGCCAGACUCUGCAAAUGGAAUUGGAUGAAAUGAGAUCAGCCCUUGAACAAGCCAUGCGAGCUAAACGCCAUGCUGAGCAACAGUUUGAAGAAGCCCACAGCAAAGUGAACGAACUAACAACCAUUAAUGUGAACCUGUCAUCAGCUAAAAACAAACUAGAGAGCGACUUCUCAACUCUGCAAUCUGACUAUGAAGAAAUCCACAAAGAGCUGCGUGUGAUCGACGAGCGAUACAACAGAACUAUUAUUGAGCUGAAGACCGUCAAGGAUCAACUAACCGAGGAGCAAGAAAGAUGCGUCAAAAUUGAAUCCAUCAAGAAAUCUCUGGAAAUGGAGGUUCACAGUCUCCAGGUUAGAAUUGAAGAGGUUGAAGCCAAUGCCUUAGCUGGAGGUAGGAGAGUCAUCAGCAAGCUCGAAGCCAGGAUCAAGGAUGUUGAGAUAGAAAUGGAAGAGGAGAAGAGGCGUCACUCCGAGACUCAGAAGAGCUUGAGGAAGAAGGAGACACGCCUCAGAGAAUUGGUCUUGCAAUGUGAAGAUGACCACAAGACAAUCUCCAUGCUAAAUGAUGCGACAGAGAAACUGAGUGAGAAGGUCAAAAUGUACAAGAGGCAGCUUGAUGAACAAGAGGGUAUUUCUCAACAAAAUCUUACUCGAGUUCGAAGGUUCCAGCGUGAAUUAGAAGCCGCAGAAGAUAGAGCAGAAGCUGCAGAAGGCAACUUGUCUAUGAUCCGUGCCAAGCAUAGGUCUUGGGUAACCACCAGCCAAGUGCCCGGAGGAGUUCGACAAGUCUUCGUAACAGAAGAAACCUCAACCAACUAUUAAAUGUUGCAUUCAUAACAUUGCCAUUCGCUAGAACGAACAAUCUAUAGGCUAUAAAUACAUUGGAAUUAUAACAAAAGUUCAGUUGAGUAGGGGAAAAACUAUUUAUUUCAAAGUCUUUGGUAUGCCACGAAAUUUUCUGAAGAUUCUUACUUUAAAUAUUUUUAAAAUGAAUUGUGAUAUAAAAUGUGCCGGUAUUCCAUUUAAUGAGGAAUGAGACUUUUAAACUUUUGAUUAUCGUGUUGCUAUUUUGAGAGUCAUAAUUUAAGCGUUUUCUUUACAUCAACUGUUCUUUUAUUAUAGUACCAAUAUUUUUAAACAUUUUUGCUUAGUUAUGGAAGAAAUUAAAUUCAUUUUACUAUGAGUUUCGAUUCACAUUGCUGUUUCAAGAUUAAAAAUAUGCGUAUGCUAUCACAAAUUGCAUCAUGUACCGUCAAGACAAAUUUACCGUUUAUAUAUAUGCAAAUAAACUAUAGAAUGCAACCAAA